AUGAUAGGCCACGCACUCCGGCACGCCGCUGCAGCGUGCUUUCUGCUGCCGCUGCUGCUAACUCUCCUCUUGACGAGCCCAGAGCAGCUAUCUGCCAUUAACGACACCGAUCGUGCUGCCGUUGCGCUCUUCAACUACAUCGGCGACGCCUCCUUCGCAUUGACUGGCGCGCUUGCCGCGGGCGAGGAGGGAAUGGAUCUCAUGGGCUGCCUUGUCGUCGGCUUCGUCACAGCGCUCGGAGGCGGCACCUUUCGAGACAUU